AGUAUCUGACUCGGGAAUAACGAAACCUACAUCUAUUCCGCAGUGUCUGACCUGACGUCUUGCUCGCAACUACCCAGAGUAUACCUAGGUACACUACACCGGAAACCAAGCCAACAGAAAUAACACUAUGACAAUCAUCCAUAUCCAGAUUUUCCAUACAGAUUUGCCACAGUUCCUUGCAUUCGCCAAACUAGUUCAAGCCAGGAUCAGCUUGGAGCCCAACCGAGGACUGCUGCUGACAUCCAAAGAUGAAGUGUCGCAUACGCCGCCACAAUCACAAAACUCCUGGGAACACACUAAAGUUUCGGUCUUCUAAGCCCUAUGCUGCUAGGAAAUACACUGAUCGUUCCUUUGAUGAGACAACAACGGAACUCAAUAGCCAGCGCACUUUCUGGGACAGCUUUCUCGUAGACAACGAAACAUCGACGCCUUGUCGAGAUACGCAGAUCAUUGAAGACUUCUGCGAAACAGAAAGGCAAAUGGCCACGGCUCGAUCGCGACCUGAGAUUUAUCUGGAUGAUCGCGAACAUGGAACCAAUAGGAGUCGUGAAUAUUCCGAUUUCCUUACGACGGAUGAUCUGCGCCGGCACCUCAAACUAGACCGUUUCGGCAUCAAAGACCAGCCUGACGCUGACCAUCGGCAAAUCGCAAUCCGCAACCUCAACCGGGACACAAUCUUGGUGCUCGCACAAACGGCCGCGUGUCACCAGCGUGAUACCCUAAGAGAUGCUAUUUCGAAACACAUAUCCUGUGCGACAUCUUUUCGCAUCCAUGAAAGGGUUGAUGGAUUUGUGACUCCUCGCCUGGAGCUUCAUUUACCCUACUUGACAUUGCGACGAAUAUCGAGCGAAAGCGAUGAAUGGAAGGCACGCGAAUCAAGCGGGGAAGGCGAGAGUUGGCUAGAUUUGCCAUCACCGGAGUCAAACGCGCGGGAAGGCAAUCGGCUAGAUCGCUUUCUUAUCAAAAAAUCUCACACCUCCAUCGUCCUGUGCAUCUGGGACUACUCAAAAUGGGUGGGCUAUGCUUUCUUUAAAGGUAGUCCUGCUGACUCUGAUGGUGAGGGGGAUGAUGAGGCAGAUGGUGCAGAGAACAGCAACGCGGCAGACGAGAUCGUGGAAGACGACGAUCCUAUUCCCAGGAAGGAGAUUUUCGCCCCGGAAGACGACAACCACAACAUGUACGCUGACGACCCUAUCCGUGAUCCAAGACGAUUCUUCCUGCGCAUUACUGGUGUUUGGAUGAGACUUGUGCUGCGUGAAUAUGCGUAUCUUGUUGCGAUACUAGAAUCCUACGUCAAAGCUUGGCAGAGAGAAGACCGAAACAGAAUUCUGAAUAUUUCGUAUAAUGGACCGAAGGAAGAUGUUAUGGAAUUAUUCCAUCGCAUCGUGAAAAUUAAGCAGCUAUUAAGCUAUGUCAGUAAAAGCAUCUCCUCUGUGGUCCGGGAAUGGAACGAAUUCAAUGGCCCCAAUGGCGACAUUAAAUGCCUCGGAGAUAUCCAGGCUAGUCAUGGGAGGCUGCUUCUCAAGGACAUCAAUGUUUCAUUCGUCGAGCUGAUGAGAUUGGAGCAAAAGUUGAUAUCGCUAGUCACGUCUUGCGAGGAUCUAACAAGCGCCCUUAAACUUCGCAUGGGAUUUGAGGGUAAUCAAAUUAAUCUGGAGAGCAACAAGCUUCAACGUGAGGCGCAUUCUCUAAACCGCGAAAGCAAUGAGCUUCAGCAUAAAGCUCAUGAGGUCAACCUCGAUACACAGCGCAUCGGUCGUCGAACCACUGAGGCCGCCGAGAACACAAGUCAUACAACCCGCACGAACAUCCUCGUACGUCCUUUUUGGAUUCUGGUUUCACUUUGAUACUAAAGUAGCGUAGAUGAUUUGGAUAACCACACCAUUUGUGAUCGUGCUUCAGUAUUUUGGCGCAGAUCAGCCCAUAUUCUCUUUCUUCGAGCGCAAUCCACGUAACUUUGGCAUAUCUUUCUGCAUCUUGGCGUUCGCUUUCCCGCUUAUAACUUUCGUAUUCGAUUAUAUAUUCAAUUUUGUUACAACUCGCUUUCGUCCAAGAAAGACGCACAA